AUGUCUUCACUCUUCUUCCGACCAGUUGUCACAUAUCCAGUGCGCUAUAGCGUACCAUCAUUCUUCGCUCGACCCUCAAUCACACCUCAUGAUGUGGCGCCAUUGUUCUCUCUCUUCGAUGAGACCUUUGCUCAGCUCGAGAGAGCGCAGCGACAAGCAAGACAGCACUACAGACGGCCGUUCAAUCCCAAGUUCGAUGUGAAGGAGUCCAAGGAGGCAUACUCUCUCGAAGGUGAACUUCCUGGAUUUGACGCUAAGGAUAUCAGCAUUGAGUUUCUUGAUGAUGGUCAUACCCUGCAGAUCAAGGGCAAGACAGUGAAGGAGUCAAGGAACGACCAACAGCCCAAGUCGGUGACUGCCACGCAAUCCGACGCACCAAAGGCUGUUGAGUCAGCUCCUACCGAACAAAAGUCUGACACUGGCAGCGUCAAGAGCCAUCAAGCCACAGUCGAGGACGAUACUGAAGAGCAGCCAGCCAAUUCAUCUGCUGUUGCUGAACAACCUCAGCAGACUGAGCAAGUGGUUGCAGAGUCAUCACAGGCUCCUCAGCAGCAAGUAGCUCAACAACAACCACAGGAAGAGUCAAAGCGGUGGAUCAGCGAGCGCUACACAGGAUCCUUCACGAGGUCAUUCCAGUUUCCGACCAAGGUCAAUCAAGAUGCUGUGAAGGCAUCAUUGAGGGAUGGCAUCUUGGCCAUUACUCUGCCGUUCGCUCGAAAGCCAGAGAGCAGAAAGAUUCAGAUACAGUAA